AUGGGUAUUCGGACGGCGAGUGAGGGUAGCUUUUCGCCCGACCAGAACCAGACCCAGGCGUUCCGCGCGCGCCUCAAGGAGACAAUAGACGAGCUUAAUAAGGCCCCAGGUGCAGUAGAAGACGUUCUGGACGUCGAUGAUCUAGAGCUGAUCUCCAGCCACCGAAAGCGAAUGCAGACAGCUAGCAAGCGUAGCUCGAAACCUGACCAGGAGAAAGUUUCACGGCAAGCAACCAGACCCAAGCGUACGGCGCGUAGCGUUCCGCGCGCGCCUCAAAGAGCCAAUAGACGACUCCAGAUGGGGUUCAACUUGGCCAAGGUCAUGCACCGUAAGGGCGCGGCCUGCGGACGACAGACUCUGACAUGUCGUCCGACCAGCAGCAGGCCUCGAGGUGGUGGCGCUGUGUUCCGCGCGCGCCUCAUAGUGGAGUCCUGCGGUCGGGGUUACGGCCGCAGUGGGUCACGGGGCCCACCUGAUAACGGCGGGCCAAUACCCGUCGGGGGGAUGCGACGAAUGCUUCGGCGAUACCCGCCCCUCCGACACAUGGGUAAAAGGAGGAACACACAGUCAGGAAAGCUCAAUAAGCCACCGCAGUCUCACCCUCGAGCAAGGGAUUUAAGUGUGGAAGAGCUAACAACAAGAGACGGAUUGUCUGAUGGUAAGCAAUCAGCGCCGCCCAUGGACAUCCGUAACGGAGGAGUUACGAAACCAGAACCAGACCCGAGCGUACGGCGCAUAGCGUUCCGCGCGCGCCUCAAAGAGCCAAUAGACCACCACAGACGGGGCCCUAUAGAGCUGAUGUUCAGCCGGGGUUGCGGGGUAAGUGAAAUGAUCGACCGCGACCUCGGCCCAGAGCAGGCGAAGGAACAGGGGGGUUUUCAGUCAGUUUCAAAACUGCUUGAAAGAAGCGGGCAGCGGCGAGCAGGCAGAUUACCUGAUGGCAAGCAAUCAGCGCUGACCAUGGACACCCCAAACACCCGAGGAGAGGACUGUUGUAGGUAUUUCCCCGGCAUGUGCUUCGCUUCAACGCGUUGCGCGACCGUCGAGCCUGGCAACACUUGGGACCUGGCUCCCUUCUGUGGACGCAGCACCUGCGUCGUCAGUGAGGACCAGCCACCCAGGCUUUUGGAGCUCGUUGAAGACUGUGGACCUCUGCCACUCGCCAACCCCAAGUGCAAGUUGGACACAGACAAGACCAACAAGACCGCGCCUUUCCCCGGCUGCUGUCCUAUCUUCACUUGCGAGGAUGGAGUAAAGUUGGAGUACCCCGAGCUCCCCACCCCCCCUCCUGAAGCAGAGAAGAAAGAAGAAGAAAAGAAAGCUUAA